GCUCUCCAUGAACUACAAUGCCGCCGAAAGGAUCCACCAAGAGACGCUUAGCUGCAAACGAUGAUGGCUCAGCAGCCUCUACGCCGACCUUAGCAGAACAGUUCUCAUAUCUGCACCAGCCGCGCCCUUUCAAGAAUCCCCAUUAUACUAAGAAUGUCAAUAGGAGAACGAAGAACCUGAAGACUGUGCUAACCCAAGAGCGCGAGAGGGAACGAGCAGAAAGGGAGAGAAUACGACUGGAGAAAGAAGGGAACAUGGAUACAGAUGGUCAGGCGCCAGAACAGAACCCAGCGGAUGAUCUGCCUACCUAUUCAUCCAUUGAGGCUCCACCAUCUGUACUCCCUCCUGGUCGAUAUUGUGAUAUCACUGGUCUCGAGGGCCCUUACACAGAUCCUGCCACCGGUCUUCGAUAUCAUGACAAAAGUAUAUAUGAGUUGAUCAAGGGUCUGAGUGCGACCGCAGCAAAGGACUACCUUGCAGCGAGAGGCGUCAAUCCCAUCGUGAAAUGACUGAACCAACUGAUAUCACGCACGUGGAGUGUGUAGUUUUAUCGUGUUUGGUAGUUGUGUAUCACUGCUUACAACGUGUAUCUCUCCGGUACCUAAGCCUGUACUACUAUUGCAGUCCCAAUUGCCGUCGAUUGCUCAACCGCAGUCUUC